AUGGUCGAUUACGAGAAGUUGCAUUUCCGAAACACACUGCAGCCACUCGCCAGGUCGCGCGGCGUCAAAUUCAGCUCGGGCUCCAUGACGAAGGCCCGACUUAUCGCCGAGCUCAAGGCUCUGGAUGCCAAGGAGAAGGAAGCACGUGGAGAGCAGGACACAGAAGAGGCAGAAGCGGAGGCAGAAGCGGCAGUCGAACUGUUGAAGCAGGAGCAGAAGGCGGCCAAGGCGACCAAGGCGGCGAACCACUACGUGAUUCGCGCCAAGGACAACACUUUUCGCCCGUAUCAACCAGGCCCCGACAGCCUGGAUUUUCUUUUGAGGUCGGCGAAUCCCCAUGCAGCGAGCGGCGAAAACAACGCAGACACCUACCUUGCAGCAAAGCUCGUGGUACUUCUCAACGAUGCCAUCUACCAACUCGGACUACCGGGCUUUUUCGUCCACACGCUACCCGCCAACCAAUUUCGCUGCCUUGCUGGAGGGGCACUGCAAGCCGGAUUCGUCCUUCGAAUCAAUUCCGUCGAGGAGCAAAAUCAGUGGGAAAACGCCGAUUUGAUGACCAAGAUGCAGAUGGCCAGCCUUCACUGGAAGCCUCAAAAUAUUGGCGACAGGGACCCGGUCAUGCCACUCCACAUGUCCCACGGGCUAACCCUCCGCUUGCCAAAAUCAUCACGGAGCUGGCCCUCUGGGUUUCCCCGCCUUGAGAUCUAUGACCACAGCCGUAUCACGCGCAAAGGUGGAGUGUUCACGCCGGGCUUGUACCUCGUUCCGAUCACUGGCACCCUCCAGUGUCUCCCUGCCGAGGAUUGGAAAGCAGCUUGCAAGAAUGCCAUGAAUGGCGAACUUUGCCUUCGUCAAGACAAGGCGAUGGGAGCAGUCGACCGUAGAAAACAGCUGUCCGUUGAUGGUGGAGAUGAUCCGGUCCGUACUCUCACCGCCACCAUCACAAAAUACAUGCUGGAGGCCCCUCAAGACGUCAUCACCCUUCAUCGCUUACGCAGCUGGGGCAAUUGGGGGAAGUUGAUGCGUCUCGCGGGUCUCGAAGGGAAGACCCAGGCGUGCGGAGCAUUAGACAGCGUCGCCGUGGCGUCGGUUCCAAGAAGAGGAGCUAGGACUGAAGCCGAAGCAAACCAGAAGAGCGAGCGUCAACAGUCCAAGAAGGCGAAGGCGAGGGGGAUGAUGACGAGGAGUUCGAUCCGGGGAUGA